UCCGCCGAUUUGGAGUAGGAAGCGUACCCUCGGCUGUCAAUAUUUCGAAAGUUUGACAUCGUUUGAUAUGUGCAAAAUCGACUGGGAACUCGAUCAAGUAAUCGGUGGACUUCGAAUUAAGGCCGGUAUACAAUAAUGCCGGCAGUAGGUGAACAUCUUACUCGUAGCUCACGAUAGACUUGUGACUGUGCGUUUCGUGUUUGGUGAUCCUGUCCGGAGCUCGAGUAGGAAACCGAGUUCAAGGAAAUUAGCGAAUUACCGUCUGAGGCGCUAUGAUACGUAGGAACCUGUGUGCAGAUCAGUUCGAGUAAAUGCAGCAGGUGUAAGGUAUUCGUAAGGCGUGAAGAUGUCAAGUGACGGCGAGCGAGUGCCAAAGCCAUCAAAACGUAUAAGAUAUGUUAUAUCAGACAGCGAUAGCAGUGAUGAAUCCAUUAUUAUCCGUACACAUUGUAAAAAGAAAGUUUAUAGGGUGAUAAGUGAAGGAGAAUCAAGUGAUGACGAUAGUGAUAUUCCAAAGCCUGCUACCAGAAGACGGAAUUAUAAAGUUGUUAGUGAGGAUGAUACCAGUUUUGACAGCAAUGCAUCAGAAGCAGAGGGAUUAUCUAGUCUCGCCGACAGUGAUGGUAGUUCAGAAUGGCAGUCAGAUUGGGAGAGCGAUGAUUCCGAGGCAAACACUGCUUCUAAAGCAAAGCCAAAAUCAAAAAGUAAAGCAGCACCUGACAUCGUUGUACCUGCGACUUCGACCACUGCUGACUGCGAUUCCGAUAGCAGCAAUGGACACACAGAAAAAUGUCCAAUUUGCUUGUUGUCAUUUAGGAAGCAACAAGUAGCAUCUCCAUCAUCCUGUGAUCACUGCUUCUGCCUGGAAUGUUUGAUAGAAUGGAGCAAAAACAUCAAUACUUGCCCUGUAGAUCGUCAAUCAUUUACUGUUAUUCACAUCAGAAGCAGAUUAGGUGGCAAGAUUAUAAAGCACAUGCCAAUUGAAGUUAAAACACAGAUAGAGGAACAAAUACAAGAAGAUCCAACCUUCUGCGAGAUUUGUCAACAAUGCGAUCGGGAGGAUCGUAUGCUAUUAUGCGAUGGUUGCGACUUAGGUUAUCAUCUCGAAUGCUUAACUCCUCCUAUGAACGAGGUUCCUAUGGAUGAGUGGUACUGCCCCGAAUGUUCUCAAAACAGUCACAAUGAUGCAGAAGCGGUUGAUAUCGAUCAAGACGAAGUGCCAGAUCUCAUGGAGGAAGCUCGGCGUCUUGGUCUUUCCUACGGUCGUACCCGUCAUUUGCCGCAAGAGAACAGUUCAUCGUCACCUCGCAUGGUUCCUCGAACUCGCCAAACGGAACGCGUCCGCGCUAACAUCCGCGCCGAUCGCGAUCGCAGUAGAGCUCGACAAGUGCGCGAACGCGAAGUCGUGUUCGAUCCCGAUCAACCGUCGACCUCUUCUGGUAUGGACUCGGUUUGGGAGAACAGUAGAAGUCGCUCCCCGGUGAACGGUCGUCUCCGAGUCAAAGUAAUCGGCUCGUCUUCGGGCGUCGUCAAGAAGUCUGCGAAACGGGCCGAGAAAAAACGGAAAACGAAGAAACGCAAAGUCAAAAGCAGAACGUCAGAGACUCUAGUUCGCGAAGUGCGCAUCACCGAGGUGAACGAUGACGGGGUGGAGCAAGAGAUCGUCACUUACGUCAAAGUGGCUCAGUCCUCUACAAGGAGGAAGUACACGAAGAGAACAAAGAGAACCAAGAAGCGGAAGCGAAAGGGAACUCGACGCGCAAGGACCGUGUCUUCCGUGGCGAAAAGCAUCAAGACAAUAAAGAGACGUCUAGCUGGGACCCUGGGAAUGGACAAGUUCAGCGCGAGUCUUCCUUUGCUGGUUCCUGUGGUGAAGGACCGUAUUCCCGUUUCCGAUCGCUCCGAACUCAUAAAUGCCAGAUACAGAUCCGGGAUCGCGCAAGUCAGCCUUUUUGGCAAUGGCCUAGGCUUAGACUACAGCCCACCUGGGUCCGACACGGAAUACGAGGAAACCACAGGAAGCGACGUGUUAGUAGGGACGCGGCCGCGUCUGGCGGCGCCCUCGCUGAGACGCCGGCUGGCCCUGAAGGGGGUUGUCGAGGCGGUCGAGCCGAUGCAGCGGACGGAGCCCUCGGACGUCGUCGACCUGGUGGGAAGUAUCCUGAGGAGUCAGGAGGUCUGGCACUCGCGGAAAAGCAAGCUGAGCCUGAAGUCGGACGGGAGCCUGGCGAUCGACGACGACGAGAAGGACUGGAAAAAGGAGGAGCGGAAGGGAACCGCGAAGGUCGACGGGAGUCCCGCGAAGAGGGCGGAAGAGCCGGGUCCGGAGGCCGGGACCCUUCCCGAGCCGGACGGACCCUUGGAUUCGACGCGCGUCGACCCCCAGGGCGUGACGCAGGCCCCGAUGUUCAACGGGCCCCGGGGUGGCGGCAACCGGGGCGGCUUCCGGGGUGGAUACCGAGAGGGGAGUCGGAACGGCCACGGGGGUGGUCAGACCUACGGGGGCCGGGACUCGUACGGGGGGGCGGGGGGCAGACCCGGCGCCUACGGGCCCGGGCCUCGGGAAGGCUUCGGCAAUGGCUUCGGACCUCCGGGGUUCGAGCACCGUGGUCCGCCGGGAUUCUGCGGGGGCCCGGGGUUCCGCGGCCGCAACCCCCAGAUGCCCCCCUUCCGGGGUGAGCGGCCGCGCUUUCCGAUGAUGGAGAGGCCCCCCUUCCAGUACUUCGACCGAUUCCCUCGGCCCAGGGGCCCCGCGGGGAUGCCGGGCCCGCCUUCGGGCCCGCCGCCCGGUCCUCCGCCGGGGCUCCCUCCGAGCCCCCGCGCGCCUCCACCUCGACGCGGUUUCUUUCGCGAGGGCCCCGACGCCUGCCCCAGCCCCCCGCGGCUGCCCGAUCUCCCCCCGGGAACCCCACCCCUGCCGGAGGAGGAGUGCGACAUCUACUGCGACAUCGAGACCCCGAACAAGGCCCCGGGCGAGGCCCUCGGCGAGGAGGCCGAGAACCCCCUCGCCCUCCUGCCGCCACCCGAGCCGCCCUCGGGUCUCUUGGACUUCGAAGAGAACUCGAGGAGCGAGAAGGACGCCGAUAGCGACCAGGAGCUCGUCAUCGACGACACGCCGAAGGAGGAGGCUCCAAAGGAUCAGAAGACCGAGGACAAGUACGACCCGUUCACGGCGGACAGCGACAGCAACGACAGCGCCCACAGGAAGCCGCACGAGACCAACGGGGCGCGAAUCCCCGAAUACGCGAUCCCGGUGCCGCUGGACCCUCCGCCGCUGCCUCCUCGGUUUCCGGGUCUCGCGGCGGCCCUCGAGAGUCGGGCCCAACCUCCAGGGCCCGCGAUCCGCCUCACGGCCUAUGACGACGACGAAGACGAGGACUCUCAGGCGGACUGUCCCAAUUUCUCCGUCUACUCCUCCGAGACUAUGGACGUCGCUCGGCACACCGAGCAGGAGCUUUCCCAGCAGAUCGGGCCCCUGCAGCCCCCUCCUCUGCCCCCCGACAUCCCGGACAUCCCCGACGACGACGACGUCAUCGUGGGCGAUGUGCAGGCUUGCGACCUCGCUGACAUCCCCGAGCCCUCCGACCCCUACGUUGAGUCCCUUCGGAAAGAGAGGCAGACCCUCAGCAAGAUACCCCCGAAGACCGUUUUGCAGGACACCCGGGGCAAGAUCACGUUCAAGAUAGGCAACAAGCUGAAGAUCAACAACAGGCUGAGCAAUCUCUACGACGAGCUGGACGAGAAUUUCGAGAUUUCGAUCGCUCAGGAGAAGGAGCUCGAGGACAAGACCAAGAAGGGCGCCCAGAACAGGAAGGGUCUGGGCACGAGCGAUAAGGCCUUCCAUAGUGACGACGACGACGGAACCGGGGAUAUCUUCAAGGAUGUGGGCAAGGCGGACGUGAACAAGGAGCCCGAGAAGGGGAAGGACAAGGAGAGGAGGAAAGAGGCCGACUCGAAGGUGGAGACCGAGGAGGUCGUCCAGGAGCCCGAAGAGAAAUCGAAGAAGAGGAGCAAAGGACGCGAGUCGGGGAGCUGCGAGAAGAAGGACAAGGAUCGGGAAGCCGAGGUCGAAGAGGUGAGGACGGUGCAUGACGAGGACAAGGUCUCGACCAAGUCCGAGGAGAGCGUGGACGAGAAGCUGUACGACCUCGAAGAGGGACUGGAGGAGAAGAAGAGACUGGACGAGGUGGAAAUUCAGGACGAAGCAAAGGAGAAGGAGAAGGGCGAAGAAAUGAGAAUCGCGGCGUCGAGGGCGGACGACGACGACCAAGGGUCGCCGGUACGCGAGAGGUGGAACGAGAGAGCAUCGGACAAGGACGACGAGGAAAAGGAGGAAUCCGCCAAGAGCGAGGACGAAAGCGCAUCCGGUUCGUCCUCGUCCUCCGAGGACGAGUCUCGCAGGAGAGGCAGAAAGUCCAGGAAGAGGGCCACCACCUCCAAGUCGCCCAAAGAAAGGACCUCGAUUCUCUCCACGAUCGACCUGACGGAGAAGAGUUCGGACACCGUUAUCUCCAUCGCCGACACCGUCAGGUCCUCCGUGUCUCCCGUUAAGGGAGAGUCGGAGAGGAAAAAGAAGGAGAGAGACCAGGCUCGGAUGAGCCUCGAAGGGGUCGACGAAACCUCGAAGAGCCCCGCUAAUUCCGAGUUGCUGGAGUCCAAGGACAUCCCCAGCGAGUGGGAGCUACUCGAGAAGGGAGCGAUCGAGAGGACGAGGAAGGACGAGGAGGACGAAGAGGAUGCCGAGGAACACAAUCUGGUGGACGACAAGGAGAGAUUCUCGGGGCCCGACAAGGACAACACGGACGCGUCCUCGAUGGCGGACAAGGAGCUCAGCCAGGAGAGGGAGAAGUCCAGCUUCGACUUCGAGGUCGAGGACGAGACCGCGAAUUUCGCCCUCGAAAAGGAAACGGACGGGGACGAGAGGAUAACCGAGGAACACGACGUCUGGGAGUCGGAGAGCGCGUAUACCCCGAGGAAGGAUGAGGAGGAACUGGCAAGGGGCGGAAAGUCCUUGUCUCCUUUCGAGAGCGGCCUUGAGCCGAUAACUCCAACCAAGGACAAGCUGAACGACGGUCUCGAGAUCUGCAGGACUCCUCCGGGAUACGCGGGCCUGGGCACCGAGGCCAUUUCCGAGACCGAUGAGGCCAUGAACUUCGAGGACGAGCUGACCCUGUUGAGCCUGAGAAAGGAGAAGGAGAUCGAGGAGGGCGAGAUCAUGGAGGAGACCAAGAGCUCGAAGAAGCUGGCGGAGAAGUCCAAGGAGAAGGAGGACGAGAACAAGAAGAAGCGGAAAGAGAGGAAGAAGGACCGCAGCAAGGACGCGGAGAAGAACAAGGAGAACAUCGCCUCGGAGAACCAGGUGGCCUGGAAGAAGAUCUCGAAGAGCACCAAGGAACGACCCUAUCGGGAAAAGGACAAGCGCUCGAGGUCGAGGGAGAAGGAAAAGGAACGAGAGAGGGAGCGGGAGAAGGAGAAAGAGAAGGACAAGGACAAGGACAAGGACAAGGACAAGGACAAGGAGAAGCACAAAAAGAAGGCGAAGGAGGCGGCGAAGAAGAAGGAGAAAAGGAAGGAACUACCCAGGUACGACGUCAGGAAGAUCGUUGCCGAGAAGCCUUACAGGCCGAGGAAGGACGAGUACGGGAGGGACGUGAGGGAGGCUAGCAGGAGCAGGUCGAGGAGCUGGAGGUCGUUCUCCAGGGAUCCAAGGAGCAGAUCGUAUUCCAGGAUGAGGUCCAGGUCGCGCUCGAGACCGCCGAGGUCCUGGUCCAGGGAGAGGCAGUCCUACUCCAGGGCAUGCAGGUCGCUGUCGAGGAGGCGAUCGCCGGUCAGGAUCAGGCGGAAGAGGACCUCCGUCUCGAAGAGAAGAAGAUCGCGGUCGAAGUCGCGAACGAGGUCGAGAUCCCCGUCCAGAGGGGGCCGCAGGUCCCUCUCCCCCCGACGAAGGGGCGCGCGCCGAGGGUCGCUCUCGCGGAAGCGAAAGUCGAGGUCGAGGACGAGGUCGCGCGAGAAGCGUAAGGAGAAGCCAAAGAAGCGCAAGUCCAGGAGCCGUUCGAAGACGAGGAAGCGGUCGCGCACGAAGAGCCCGAAGAGGACAUCGAAGCCGCGAGAAAAGAAACGCAAGAGGAAGGUGCCGAGCAGGUCGAGGUCGAAGGAGAGAUCGCCGUCCAGAGAGCCGCGGGACCGAAACUGGGAGCAUCUGGCGGAGAAGAUCAUGGAGUGCGAGAGGCGAUUCUCUCGAGAGAGGGAGAGGUCCUGGAGCGCCCAGUGGACGCCUUCGUGGUCUAGGUCGAGGUCGAGAUCCCCGGAGCCCCCGGCCGACCUGGGCCCGCGAGCCUGGUCGCCCUCGCCGCCGGUCCUGGAGAACGUCCCGCCCAAGAACUUGACGGUCAUCCUGACGAACAAGGAAGCAAUCAAGAAAAAGAAAAAGGAGAAGCGAAAGGAGGCCAAGAGGGCGAAGGACCUCGAGAGGAAGCGGAAGGCGAAGCGGGCGCGCACACCCCCACCCUCGAAGGAAGUCUUUGCGAGCGGCGACAACAUCCUGGUGAGCGUGUGCUUCAACAAAGAAAACGAGACCCUGCCGACCCCCGGGGCGCUACCCGAGCUUCCGGAGACCAUCCCCCUGCUGGCGCCGACCAAACGCCGACGAAGGGAGCCGCCGCCUGUCCUCCAGGUCGAGCCGCUCGUGCCGAAGCGGUCCAAGCGAGACCGCGCCAAGGAGAAAAAGCCGAGGUCGCCGAGGCCCGGCAAGAGGGAAAAGCGGAAGAAGUCUCGGGCGGCGGAGAUCGCCGCCACCAAGAAGCCCGUCGCGGUGAUCGACCUCGACCAGUCGCCCUUCAGGGAGCAGACGCCCUCACCGCGGGACGUGAUCGUCCUGAGCGAUGACGAGGACAAGCGGCCCGCCGCGGCGACCACCCCGGAGGCGCGACAGCUCUCCCAGGCCUCGCCGCAGCGCGAGCCAUUCCUGGCUCAGGGCCCGAAGACCCCGCCCGAGCCCCAGCAGCAGCCGAAGUUCUCGAUGAGCGUGCCCUCGGUCAACCCCAGGACCUCCGGCGUCAACCCUCUCCUCAUGGAGGAGGACGAGGACGAGGACGAGGAGGAGGAAGAGGAGGAGGACGCCGACGAGGAGGGCGAGGGCGAGGGGGAGGAGCGAGAGGAGGACGAAGAGGACGAGGAGGAGGAGCAGGACCGGGAGCAGCAGACUCAGCGCAUGGACGAGAGGGUCGAGGAAGAGCUCGAGAUGCGGGCCCAGGAGGAGCUCGAGCUCCGCCUCAAGAUCGGACCCAACACUCCCCCGGAGCCCCCGACCUCGCCGCCGACCUCGCCCGACGCCUACGACCCCUUCGACCCAACCAAGUCGAGGUCGCCGACCCCGCCGGCCAGCCAGGAGGCGACGCCCUGCGACGAGAGGAACCGGCAGAGGGACUCGCCGGGCGGGCUGCGGCGAGAGCCCGCCGACGCCGACCAGGCCCUCGGCGAGCAGGUCCAGACUCAGGAAGCCGCGCCGGGGGCGGACAAGCAGCUCGACAAGCCGAAGGUCAUAUCCGUUAUCACUAUCAAAAGGCCCUCGCCAAAGCGGGACGGGUCGCCGCAGGGCCAGGUCGAGGUCGAGAGCGCGGCCGAGAGCGAGAGUCCGCCCAAGGUCCAGCAGGCGCAGCAGGGAGGACAGACCGCUCCUAGCCAGUUCACCGCGACCAUGAACCCGGUGCUCGCCACGGUGGCCGCCGCUGUCCAGAGGAGCAACAUCUUCAACGCGGGCGCCCCCCUUGGCGGACCCAGGAACUUGAUGCAGUCGAACCGGAUCUCGCCGAGCAGCCAGGCGAAGACGCGACCCAACGAGAGGCCGCCCUUGCCGACCGUCUUCGCGAACGCGGUGAAGCCUUCGCCCUUGCGCGGCAGCAAGGCCGCCCAGAACAAGAACAACUCCUCCGCUGGACAGAACGGUAGCGACGUCACCAUCGAGAUGGUGGGCGACGCCAUCGACAUGUCGUCCCCGUACUCCCCUGGCUCGAGUCUGAGCGACGGGAUCUUUGAUCCGCCCAGCCCGGCCCCGUACAAUACUCCGCCUGGAAACGCGAAUGCUAAGAGCAACAACGCCGCGGCCAAACCCAAGGACAAGAAGGACGCGUUCGACGUGCUCUUCGGGUCCUCGCCCGUUCUGAAGCCCUUCGGCAAGACCAGGGUCAAGAAGGGCGCCGAGAAAGAUAAGAGAAAGAAAUCGACCAACCCCAAAGUCGGGGUUCGCAUGGACGAGAAUCAGCUGCAGAUCUUGGACGACCUUCCGAGCUCCGCCGUCGAGAUGCAAGUCAAGGAUAAGUUCUUGAAAAAGCUAAAUCGACAGGAAAGAGUAGUGGAGGAAGUUAAGUUGGUUCUGAAACCGCACUAUACGAAGAAGCACGUCACGAAGGAGGAAUACAAAGACAUCAUGCGCAAAGCUGUCCCUAAGAUAUGCCACAAUAAGACGGGGGAAAUUAAUCCGAAGAAGAUCGCUCAGCUUAUAGAAGCUUACGUUAGGAAAUGCCGAAAUAGUAAAAAGAAAGCACUCGGAAAUACCGUAGCCGGCACGAAUUCCACGUCCAAGGUCUCCAAGCCUGUGAAAACUCUCUGGAGUUGAUCGGGUAUCGAAAAUGUUAGAUCAAGGGGUAUUGCGUUGACGAUAGAAACGAAGGCGAAACGCCACUGAAUCAAUUCCUUUUGGGUGGAUGGUAAGUGAUCGGCAUCUCCAUCACCGGUCGAACAAUGUGUAUUGUGUGUAUAUACAUAAUAAAUUGAAUUUAAGCGCAAUAUUUUUAUUUAUCGAGGCGAGUAUGCUUGGACGCGCGAGCGUUAAGGCGGAACCGCGCGUAUAAGAAUUUACUAUUGUUAAUUUUAUUCCGUAGGCAUUCGAUUAAGCGCUAAGUCGAGACCGAAUAUAAGAGAACCCAUUCGGUUUAAGUAUACUAAGUAGGGAAUGAGACGUCAAGGGAUUCUCGGAUAUCCGGAGUAACCGAUGAACCAAAAUGGUACACGGGUGUACGCGGCAUAUGAUUAAAGGGGAAAUAACUGUACGAUUAAAACUUUUCUCACCCACUACUGUCGAGAUUUCGUAUAUCUCUCCUGCUGUUAAUCGGAAGAAGGAAGUUGAAAUUGGUAUAAAUCUGCAAAUCGUUUAAACGGGAAGAAAGCAUAAUGAAAUAAUGACCCGGCCGAUUUUACAGUAUAACUGUGAAACUUUGACGUAGCUUGUCCUGUAUCGAGGGCAAAAUGUAGUUGUACAAAAUAUGGGUAACGGAUGUGUUAUGCAACAAUGGUUACGAUGCAUUUUGCGGUGUUGUUUGUCUAACAUUCAUGAGUGAUUGCUCGAUUCAACGACGACAGUUUCGAAUAGGUUAUUUCUAGACUUGUACAACGAUUGUCUCUUAUCGGAAGUAACCGGUGAACCGAAUAGCGUUCAUGGGUGUACGAUUAAAACAAAAAAAGGAACAGUUGUUUAAAUUUUUCACCACUACUGUUGAAGUAUUGUAGAACGUUACUGCAGUUAAUCGUAAAAAGGAUAUACAGAAAUUGAAAUAAAAAUCGAAUGCAUAACGCGACAUGGCAAAUUUUUCAAUGCAAGCGUAAAACUGUUUUCUUUUUUUUUUUUUAUUUCACCGUGCCGUUCUGAAACCAUUUGACGUGGAAUAACUUAUAACAGGGGCAGGAUUUAAUUGUACAAAUUAUGGAUAAAGGCUGUUAUACGGCUAUGGUAAUGAAAACUUUGCGUUAUCGUUUGUCUAACAUUAACGAGGAAUUACUUGACUCAGUAACUAUAAUUUCUACUUAUUUAUUCCGAGAAUGUAUGGCUCGUUGAUAAAUUCUAGUUACACCUGUUCCGUGUUUCAAUCGCCCUCUAAAUAUUGUACAGAAACCCUUUCCAUUCAUGAGAUCGAUGACAUAAUAUCUGCACGAGCAAGAAGACUUAGAGAUCUCGCAUAUUUUUGUUUUCUUUCGAGACCGUGGGAUGAUUUGAUAAAUUUCAGGAGCCUCUAACUUGUACGUACACUCGUGGGGAUUUUCUUCACGAUCGGGUAUCAUUUGUUUGAUAGUUGUUUUCCUACAAAAAGUGAAGAAAAUCGAUUCGUAUACUUCGGCCCCUAGCGUAAGUUUAAGAAGUGUAAAUCAUAAUUUAUAACAAGGUGAAAAUAAAUGCAAUCAGAAGUA